UCGUCACCCAUAUUCAUUUGCCUUUUUGAGGAAAAGAGGGACAAAAAAAAAAGAAACGAACCACUUGUUGUUUCUUCCUAAAUACACUACUUACUAUGGUGACGACGUUGGAUCAGCACGAACAUCAUUCAAGUGGAGGCGAACAACUUGUCGAUGCUUCUACGAUCAAUACUUCGGCUGCUAGUAGGACCACACCAUGGCCACAAAGUCCUGGUCCCACCACCACGGCGACGGCGGCGAUGCACAAUUCUACUAUGGACGAUAGAUUCUCCUCGAUACAAUCCCCAUCUCCAUCUCAGGGGGAUACGUUGAGAUCGCUUCUGGAAGCUGAGAAGAUGAACGGUUUGAAGGUCGGUAUGCGAUGCGCAUCCGAAAGUUCGGCUGUGUUGGGUUCGCAGUUAUAUAUGGGGACUAUCCGGUAUAUUGGACCUAUCAAAGUUCCGUCGAAGCCGGAGACGGGGUGUGUCAGUCGUGAUGGUGGUAGUAGUGCUGACGUUGGUGGCGUCGGUGGCGUCGGUGGCGGCACUGGCACUGGCACUGGCACUGGCAGUUGUGAUGACGGGAACGGUCAGGACGAUAGUGAUGACGAAUUACCGGAACUUUUGCGUCCAAGUAGACUCCUUAGUCGUCUUCGAGUGUCGGGGUUCGACGAGAGUGGUGAACCGAUUUUCAUGGGGCCUGAUGAAGAGUUGGAAGGUGUGGAGAAGGACGUGGAAGUUAUGUGGGUAGGGAUAGAGUUCGACGAUCCCGUUGGAAAGAACAACGGAAGCCCUUCGGUGCACCGCGCCAGUGCUUGGAGGUGCGGUCCCCAUCCAGCAAUGCCUAGGGGGGGGGGGGGGGCCCAUCAGUGAGGGGUGGUGCCAGACCAACCCUCUCCCUUCGCAUCGGCGUUGGUAUGGAAGUCGCUCAUGAUUUUCCGCCCUUGGGAGAGGACAUAAUCCCCGCCACUCCCCGUCGGGGGGCCUUCCAUACCUUCCAUGUCUACAGUUCCUGGGCGUAAUCGACACCCGAGCAAGCCUCGAGAGAAGUUCCCUGACAUUCUCAUUU